GAGACCAUUAAUUCGAAACUUUUGUUGUGUCAUAAAGUUGGGAGUUGUAUGGACCCAUAAAACUUUUAUAUGUAAUGUAUACCUCUUAUUAUGUUUUGGUUAUUAUCAUGGACAUGCUUUGUUAAUCUGUUACAAUUUCAAAUACUUUCAGUUUACUGGUUAAUAACAUUCACGCAGUGUUUGCAGGUAUUUGAUUUUAAAUUUUAUUUUCAGGCUAAAGUGAGAAUGUUUAGACAAUUAUGUGAUCAAAUCAAAUGCUUUAUUCUCCUGAGCAGUGAUGUUCGAAGUUAACAGACUAUUUUCUCAGAUUAUAGCCAUUGAAGAGGUACAGAGUGAUGCAAAGGAAUACAGAGAGAUGAUCUCUGGUGGUGAUUAUUAUCCUUCUCCUCAUAAAUCCAAGUCCCACAUCGGCCAAACUAAUGAUUUCAGACCAAAUCAAGUCCGGCCACUACCAACUGGGCCUCGUAGGAAGAGUACAGGAAUUCAGGCCUGGAUGCUGAUGAACAAAAAGGGCGAGGCCCAAGUUGUUGAGGCCGGGAAGUAUGCGAUCAUGCGGCGAACGGGCCUUCUGGCCCGAGACCUUCGAGUCCUCGACCCACUUCUCUCAUACCCAUCAACCAUUAUGGGCCGUGAAACAGCCAUUGUGAUCAAUUUGGAGCAUAUAAAGGCAAUAAUUACAGGACUCGAGGUUCUCUUAUUGAAUUCUAGGGACCCAACUGUGAUGCCAUUCAUUGAGGAGCUCCAAAACCGGAUUCAACGUUUUCACCAUGCUACCAUAGCUCAGAAGGGCGAUGUUGAUGGUUUGAAUUUCUCCAAAGAAUUUUCGAAGUUUGAAGAUCAAGACGAGUCUCCUAAGGUGGAGGGAAAAACUGAUGUAAAGAAUCAAGAUGGAUCAAAGGUUCUUCCAUUUGAGUUUGUUGCAUUGGAGGCAUGCCUUGAGACUGUUUGCAACUGCUUAGAGAGCGAAACAAUCACUUUGGAGCAAGAGGCUUAUCCAACCUUAGAUAAGUUGACCUCAGUGUUAAGUACUCUCAAUUUGGAACGUGUCCGCCAAAUUAAAAGCCGCUUGAUUGAAAUGUCUGGACGUGUUCAAAAGGUAAAGGAUGAGUUAGAACACUUGCUAGAUGAUGAUGAAGAUAUGGCUCAAAUGUAUCUUACCGAAAAGUUGGUUUAUGGUUCCAAUAUGAAUGAGGGAGAUGAUAUGGAAUCAAAUUUCGAUGAUAGGUUUUCUAUUUUAUCUGAUGAUGAAGGCCAAAACCUUGAGAACCCCCAUGGGAACCAUGCUAGCAGUACUCAAAGUUACAUGAAUAAGAACCUUGAUGUAAAGGAGCUUGAAAUGCUCUUAGAGCCAUAUUUUGUGCAAAUUGAUGGUACACUAAACAAACUAUCAACGCUAAGGGAGUACGUACAUAACACAGAGGACUUCAUCAACAUAAUGUUGGAUGACAAACAGAAUAAACUACUGCAAAUGGGGGUCAUGUUAACAACAGCUACCCUUCUACUAACUGCCUUUAUUAUUGCAGUUGGGUUCUUAAGCAUAAACGUUAGAAUUGCUCUAUUCAAUGAUAUAAUAAAUGGAGAGAAAAAUUGGUUAUGGACUGCUGGGGGUGGCAGUAUUGGGUGCAUAGUCCUAUAUCUCUUUGCUUAUAGCUGGUAUAAAUAUAAGCGAUUGAUAUAAUAAUGGAGAUCAAGGGGCCAUUGAUUGUAAAACAUUUAUUAUAUAUUAUGUUGAAAAUACUUUGUAUAGACACAAUUUUGUUUGUUUGCUAUUAUUCUAUACCUCUUAUUGCAUUUUAAUUAUUAUCAUGGACAUGGUUUGUUUAUGACUUAGUCACAAUUUGAGAGACUUUCAAUUGCUAAUU